AGUAAAAAAGAUUUGUUUUCCUUUUGUUUUGGGGUUUUGGGUGUUUAGAAGCUUUGAUUUUUCAUUUUCUGCUGCAGUUGAAGGUGGAAGGGAAGAAUAUAGAGAGGCUGAGGUUUUUUUUUUGUUUUUCAGAAACGGAAGAGUGAAAGCGACUAUAGAUAAAAAAGUGGAUUUUGAUUGAUUGGUGCUUAAAUCGCGAAGGUUGCUUGAUGAACUGAGAGAAAUACAGGCUUGUGGUGAUUAAAUUUCAUCAAGCUGUUGAUCAAAGUUUCAGAGAAAGAGUGUUGAUUUCGUGUGGUGAAAAGGUGAAGCUAGUGUUUUAACGACGGUGUUGCUGGUAGAUUGUGUGGAAAUUGGGUUUAUGGUUUUUAGUUGUCGAUUGAGGAGCUUUAGAGUGCAUCAAAUGAGAGAUCUGAGCUGAAAGCUUUUGGGAAAAAAAUGACUACGUCGGAAGUAUCAAUAAAAGGAAAUUGUGUAAACGGUAUAGAGAAUUUUUCUUCUGGAUAUAAUGAGCAAAAUGAUGAUAAGAACGCCAUGGAGAGGCAGAAUGGUCAUUGUGCUCGUUCAGCUGCCGUCAGAGACCCUGAAACGGCGUUGUAUACGGAACUAUGGAAUGCAUGUGCUGGACCUCUGGUGACGGUCCCCCGCGAAGGAGAGCGCGUGUUCUACUUCCCUCAAGGUCACAUAGAACAGGUUGAGGCAUCUACUAAUCAGGCAUCAGACCAACAGAUGCCACUGUAUGAUCUUCCAUCAAAGAUCCUUUGUCGUGUGAUUAACGUGCAGUUAAAGGCUGAACCGGAUACAGAUGAGGUUUUCGCACAAGUGACUUUACUUCCUGAACCCAUUCAAGAUGAGAACAUGGUGGACAAGGAACCUCCCAUUCCUGAACCCCCACGGUUCCAAGUGCAUUCCUUUUGCAAGACCCUGACUGCCUCAGAUACGAGCACACAUGGUGGGUUCUCGGUGCUCAGGCGGCAUGCAGAUGAAUGUCUUCCACCACUGGACAUGUCUCUGCAACCUCCAACACAGGAGUUGGUUACUAAGGAUUUGCAUGGAAAUGAGUGGCGAUUCCGUCAUAUAUUCAGGGGUCAGCCACGAAGGCACUUGCUUCAAAGUGGUUGGAGUGUUUUCGUUAGCUCCAAGAAGCUUGUUGCUGGGGAUGCGUUUAUAUUUUUAAGAGGUGAGAAUGGAGAGCUACGGGUUGGUGUACGACGAGCAUUGAGACAGCAUGGGAAUGUUCCUUCGUCCGUAAUAUCAAGUCAUAGCAUGCAUCUUGGUGUGCUAGCUACAGCAUGGCAUGCCUUCUCAACAAGAACCAUAUUCACUGUGUAUUACAAACCUAGGACAAGUCCAGCCGAAUUUAUUGUUCCAUUUGAUCAGUACAUGGAAUCUGUGAAGAACAAUUACUCGAUAGGGAUGAGGUUUAAAAUGAGAUUUGAAGGUGAAGAAUCUCCUGAGCAGAGGUUUACUGGGACGAUAGUUGGAAUUGAAGAUUCUGAUCCACAAAGGUGGCAAGAUUCCAAAUGGAGAUGCCUCAAGGUGCGAUGGGACGAAACAUCUGCCAUACCUCGUCCAGAGAGAGUUUCUCCUUGGAAAAUUGAACACGCUUUGGCUCCUCCUGCCAUGAAUCCCCUUUCAAUGCAGAGGCCAAAGAGGCCUCGAUCUGUUGUCGUAUCCCUGCCCCCCGAUUCGUCCAUGCUUACUAGGGAAGGUUCAUCUAAGGUUACUGUAGACCCUUUACCAACCAGUGCGUUUUCUAGAGUCUUGCAAGGUCAAGAAUUCCCGACCUUGAGAGGAACAUUUGCUGAGAGUAAUGAGUCUGACACUGCUGAAAAGUCAGUCAUGUGGCCACCUUCAGCAGAUGAUGAUAAGAAUGAUGGUGAAAGAAAAUUUGGGUCAGAGAAUUGGAUGUCCUCUGGGAGGCAUGAACCAACAUACACAGAUAUGCUCUCUGGUUUUGGGUCAAAUGCUGAUUCAUCUCGUGUAUGUCGUCCGUCCUUGAUUGAUCAAUCUUUAAUAGAUGGUAAUUCAAUGAGAAAUCAUUUACUAGAUCAAGAUGGUAAGCUUGGCUCUUGGUCCCUCUCGCACUCUGGUCUCUCACUCAAGUUAGCUGACACUAGUGCAAGCCCUCCUUUGCAAGGUUCCUAUGUGCCUUACCAGUCACGAGGAAAUGGUAGAUCUGGUGGUUUUCAUGACUACCCUGUAAUUGAAGGUCGUAGGAUUGAGCACUCGCAUGGUAAUUGGUUGAUGCCUCCCCCAACCUCAUCUCAUUAUGAGAAUUCGGUCCAUGCAAGAGGCUUGAUGCCUAAAACAUCGCUGGUUCAAGAGCAUAAGAACGGAAAGUCUAGAGAAGGAAACUGCAAGCUCUUCGGUAUUCCUCUCAUAAGUAAUUCUAGUGCCUCAGAUUCAGCAGUCUCUCAUUUUAGUGCGUUCAAUAAGCCUGUGGGUCAUGUGCAAGCAGCAUUGCACCAAGUUCAUGCAUUUGAAUCUGAUCAAAACUCUAAAAAGUCAAAGGUCUCGCAGUUGUCCGGCGAUAAUUCUGCUUUAAAUGAGCAGGAGAGAAUAUUUCAUCUGGGUCAGCCCCAUACAAGGGAGAAUGUUUCAUCUACUGCUUCAACUAGGAGUUGUACUAAGGUUCUCAUGCAAGGGAAUUCUCUUGGUAGAUCUGUGGACCUUACUAAGAUCAAGAACUAUGAAGAAUUGAUCGCUGAAUUGGAUCAUAUAUUUGAAUUUGGAGGCGAAUUAAUGGCAGCUCAAAAGAAUUGGCUAGUUGUUUAUACUGACAAUGAGGGUGAUAUGAUGCUUGUAGGCGAUGAUCCCUGGCAGGAAUUUUGUGCCAUGGUUCGCAAGAUUGGUAUCUACACAAGGGAGGAGGUCCAGAAGAUGAAGCCAGGGUCCUUGAGUUUAAUGCUUGAUGACAAUCCAAUUGCUGCUGAAGGUGGAGAUGGAAAAGGAGUGAAUUGCCUGUCAGCAUCUAGUGCUAAGAAUUUAUGAAAUUCACUUAAUGGUAUACUCUUGUGAUGGUCAUGUCGAAGCAUCAUAACCCUGUUUUCAAUACGAUGUCUAAAAUUGAUCUACAUAGUAAACUUGUUUGUUUCUUAUUGUUUCAGGUUUUUGGUGGAGGAAUAUGGAUUGCAAUAGUGACAUUCCUGCUGGUAAGAACAUGAAGUUACUAAAGCUGGGAACCGAUUUGUGAAUCUAUAUUAGCAUCAAGCUCGCCUCAUAAUUCGUAAUCCGAUAUAUUCCGCUCUGAUGCGAUGAUCCGAUUUUGGAUAUGUUAGUAGCAAUAUGGUGUUUUUUAUUUUAAUAUUUUUCAUAUGUAUACCCGAAUCUGAAUUUCAUGCACUGCUGCACCACCAGCCUUGCAUUUUGCAACCCCACCCUCUGUACAGAGAUGUUUGAACCCAACUAUUUUAUUUUUUUGAAGCUGUGAAUGUAAAUUAGGUUAAUACAGCCAUUUCUACUAACGUCUUUU